AUGGCGUGGUACUCCAUCCUCCCGCCGCAGCUCACCCAGCUCGAGAGCUGGGCAGUGCGCAUCUUCCUCCUCCUCGGCAUUAUAACAAUCUUCCCCUGGGCCGCGCUCAUCGUCUUAGACGCCAGCCUCUGGCUCUACCGAAUGAUCAUCUGGGAAUUCCCAUGGAUUGGUGGACGCGCACGUGGCCAGCAGCGUCCCCGUGCACCGAGUCUGAAUGAACGACUAGACGGACAUCGGCGAUCUUUCCGUCUAGGAAGCAUGGAACCCGAUGAAAGCGAGCGCGGGCGAUCACGCGACGGAUCACUGGAUAGAACCGCAGAGAAGGAGAAUGUGGUUCCUACCACAGACGCACGGGAUUCUCAAAGUACGGAAUCUUUGAAUAGCGCCUACUGGCACCUCGCAAAGAUGGCGCAUAUCUCCUUAGAAGCCGAGGCAAUGCCGCUUCGGAUUAUGACCCCUUCAUUUCAUUUUUUGUUGGGAGCAUUGCUCAUAGGAUCAUGUCUCUGGAUCUGGCGAUGGAGCCGACAACGCAUUUUGACUCACAGCAAAACGAGUUCGAAGGUCCUGGCAAAUGAAACAGAUGGAAAGAAUCCUAUAAUUGCGCCAUUGGAAGAGUUCAACUGGGAGACUACCGAGCCUCCACAGUUUCGUCCAUUCCGAGGAAAAGAGAAGUUCAACUUGACCAUGGCCCUUGAAAACCUUGAGCCAUCCGAGUUAUUACUCAUAGACAAAACGUAUAAAGACCGCCUCACUCUCCGCAAGGAGCUACUGCAGCAACACCACGAUAUAGUAGUCGCCGUCAACAGUGACGGCAACAAGAUGACAGAUACACUCAUUCGUGCCGCUGUCAGCGAGCUAUACACCUCCAUGCUGGGCGAAUAUCUACCGACCCGAUAUCCAACCAUGUUCAGGCUAGAAAACGAAGCCUUCGAAAACCUCGUCACAGGAGAAACCUGGCCAACAACCCUCACAGCAGAAACCCCAACUAUUCAGGCACUAGAAAUCCUCAUGCAAACCAUCGAUGAAGAUUUCCUUAUCCUUUUACCCGAACUGUCGCCCUCAUCGGCAGAUCAGCCGAAAUACAUACUCCAAGCAUAUACAACCUGCUUCCCAUCCGGAUUCAACCCGCGUGAGAAACUAGGUCGACGACUCGCUGAUAUUCACGGCCCGGUACCUGGAUAUGCAGAUAAAAUAGAGCGCAGCAUGGACCGCUUCUUUGCGCGGGUCGAGGUUGGGAAGUAUGUGAAGCGUGUCAAUUGGAGUAUCACGACCGGCGCGCAGUUGUUUGCCGCGUUUGGAGAAGUUCAUGGGCCGGGGGAUAUUUCCGAAGAGCCGGGAUCGAAGGCUAUGAAGCUGGAUGAUUUGGAUCUGUAUAAGACGGUGUUGCGCUGUGAGCGACAGACUUUGCAUCGCCUUCCUCGCUCUCGGGCUUUGGUAUUUGCUUUUCAUACUUAUACGUAUCCUAUACAGAGGAUUAAGGAUGAGGGAAUUGGUGAGGAGUUGGUAGUUGCUGUUGAUGGGUUUAAGAAGGGGAAUGUACCUGCUAUGAACUCUUAUAAGAGGGCUGAUGUUUGGGGGAAUGCUUUAAAGGAGUUUAUGCGGUCUUGA